GGGUCAGCAACUGUUUCAAUUCCAUUAACAAAAAAGAACGUCUCACAUGUCGACAAAAUCAUCAAAUAAUUCACAUUUCCAAAACUUCUUUCUCUCUCACUCACGCCGAUUCUGUAUGCUAGGGUGAAGAGGGUUACAGAGAGUAGAUAAAAAGUAGGUUUUGUUUGGAGCUUCUUCAGUAAAAGCAUGUUUUCUUCUUCUUCUGCUUCUUGGAAGUUUCAGCUGGUUGUUUUGUUGUUAAGUUGUGGAUGGUUUAGAGGUGGGAAUGGUGAUAUAUCAAAAGUGGAAGAUGCCCAGAAUUUCCAUGUAUAUUAUGGACAAACCUUCAAAGUUAUCAAGAAUUCUGUCGAUGGCCGGAGCUACCUUCUCAUCCAGAACAACUCAAGAAUGGCAGAAAGAACAAAGUAUUGCACCACCAGAAUCAAAUCCUUUGUCGUUCCAUUGUCAAACUAUUCAGUCGAUACUGAUUUCUUUCCAGUUUCCUUUUUCGAGCUACUAGGAUUGUUAGAGAGCAUGAAGGGCAUUACAUCGAGCUCAUUGGCUUCAGAAUGUGUAAUGAAAUUGUACCAAGGAGGACAGAUAGACAUAAUCAACAAAACUGAGCCACAGCAACUUUCACAAUAUGCAGCCUUUUUCACUAGCCUGAGCGAGCAGGCACAAGCCUGCAAUUUCGUGAAUUUUGGUUCUCUUAGGGAGGAUUAUCCUCUUCAGCGAGCAGAGUGGAUAAAGUUUCUGGGAGUUUUUGCAAACGUUGAAAGGAGAGCUAACCAAGUAUACAGUGCAGUGAAAACAAAUUACUUGUGCCUGAAUAAAUUAGCAGCAAGCAAGACACAAUCAUUCAAACCAAUUGUUGCUUGGAUGGAGCUAAAUAAUGGUAUAUGGUCUUUUACUCAGGAAACUUUCAAGUUGAAGUUUGUGGAAGAUGCAGGUGGAGAAAAUGUGGAUAACUCUAUCAACAUGAAGACUUUUAACAUCUCCAAUCCUGAUGAUUUGGAUGAAUUGCAUGCCAUUCUUUGUACAGUGGAUGUUGUAAUCGACGGAACGUAUACUUCCGAUCCGGUGAAUUACAAUCUAUCUACAUUUCUCAAAAAUAUUGAUGGCCAAGAUAAUUUCUGCUUUGCUUUCAUUACAAAUCAAAGCUUAUGGAGAUAUGAUAAAAGAAUUCAAAAUAACUCAAUCACCCUUGAUUGGUAUAAUGGGGCUGUGGCCCAACCUCAACUGGUAUUAGCAGAUCUCAUUGAAGCUGUAUUUCCUACUGGAAAUUACACCACCACAUUCUUUAGAAACAUUGCAAAGGGAGAAGGUGUUGUAAAUAUUGAUGCUAGCAUGUGUGAUAGGGAAAUUUCCAUUGCAAUGGAGCCAACAAUUAUUCCUUGCCAAUAGCAACAUACAUUAAUUAUUAUCAUCUUAAUAUUUUCCUAUGGAUUUUCCAGAACUUUACAUGAAUGAUUCCUGGUAAAAGAUAUCGAUGCCAGAAAAUGUUUGAAUCUUUUGUUUUC